AAUUCAUCCAUGGACACUAUAUGAAAAUAAUGAUGAAUAAUGAUGUCUAAAUUUGCAGUCUCCUGAAUAAUGAUGUUUAGUUUUGUAUGUCAACUUAAUACCAAAUGUAUUACACUGGAUCACUUAAUUUCUUCCCCACUUGUCACUUGUUAAACUCAGCAGCUGUCUAAUAACUGAUUGAUACCCAUUAGUACUGUAUCUCUGUUUCACAUUUAUUUUAAUACCAUAGAAUCUGACCUCUUGAUUAAUUUCCAUACCCUUUUUUUUUUUACAUCAGAAUUAACAGAUGUGUUGCUAUGUACCAUUCAAGAACUGAGGGGUCUUGGAUCUUUUUUCAAUACAUUAUGCCAACUUGAUAGCUGCCUUUUUAGGUCAGUAUUAGGAAAAGCAUGAUUUUCCUUUGCCAGAAUCAUUUUUGUCCACCCUGUCAAUAUUUAAUAACUUUUUUGUUCACUUAAUGCACACACCUAUGGUACUGCCAGCCUUUAAUGACAGGAAUUGCCUUAGAGGUAGGUCUCAUAGUAUGGCACUGUUACAUUUUCUGUUUUAUAAUUGCAUCGCUUUUAACUAGGCCAGUUAUGAUGCCUGAACUCUUCUGGCAUCCUUAUUCUUACAGGAAAAUAGCAUGUGAAUUUGUUUUUAUGGAGGAAAUGUACUGUAUUUAAAGGGACUAAAUUUAUUAUCAUGUCACUCACUGAAAAGGAAUGAAUUGUUCAUUCUGGUGUAGACACAUGGUAUGUGUUUUGUUCUAAAACUGGAUCACACAGGCUUGGAAGUAGCAGCGCAUCCAGAAAUACAUCCUUAACAUGAGUGAGAUUUUGCCUAACUUUGGAAAACUGAUUGACUACAGAGCCAGGGUUUCUCAAGAGGUGGCAGAUUUUUCCCUCAAGACAGAAGGGGUUAAUCUGGUAUUUUCUAAAAUCAAGCUCUAUCCAAGUACCAAGAUCUGGUUCUUGGAGGCAGUUUGAUUUUAGAAAAUAACUGCUGCUGCUCUGGGCAUUCAGGACAAAUGAAACUGAAAAAAAAAAAUCAGUUUCAUUGAGGCUUUUCUUUGAAAUAGCUAACGUAUUAAAGUAAAAGCCAUUGAUGGAGUGGGAGUCAGGCGUUCGGGCUGCCGAGGUGUGUGCAGGGUGCAGGUGAGUCCCGCUCCUCCCAGGCACUGGCACCGGUGUCCUUGGCCACGGCGGGCCCUUCCCCGCCUGGGGCAGUGUUUGGAUCAUCACUGCUGUGCCUUUCACCCCCGCGAGUCUUCGGAGGCUGCUGCCGCUCGAAGGAAGCCCUUGUCCGAAAGGCUCCGAGCUGCCUCGGGCUGAUCGCGCUAUUUCGGCCCCAGGCUACAGGCACGCAGCGUGCGCUCUCUCGCCGCAGUUCGGAGGUCUCGAUUCCAGCUGCCGGCGUUUGCCGGGGGCAGAGCCCGUGCGCUGUUUUUUUUCUGAAAGCUGCCAGCCAUUGAAUUUGCAUGGAUUUGGAAGUUAAGGGAAUUGCUGCAUCCCCUCGAAGAAAGGCUGAGUUGUCACUGAGGGGGAAGAAAUGUCAGGGUUGGAGACCAAAUAGACAGGCUACACACAGUCCUCACCCACCAGAGGUGCCAUGCCUAGAUCUAGGGAGGCUGGGAGAUUCUGAUGAAGAGGAUGGGGACUCUUACAUGCCCUACACAGGAAGUUCUUCUCAUAUGUGCCAGCAAGAUUCAUCUUCAGAGUGGCGAAUGUCAUUACAGACUCCAUAUGCACAGCAUCAACAUAGGACAAGACCAGAAAAUCUGCCAUCCCUCAGAGACAGAUCCAAGUUGAAGCAUGGUCAGUAUGAAGGAGGUAUGAAGGAAGAAUAUAAGCAGCAUCCUCAGAGAAUUGCAGAAAAGAAAAAAGACCACCUCCAGUGUCCAGACACUUCAAUAAAGGGUACACAGCUUGAAGAUGGACACGAUGAUUUUGUAACCCUUGAUAAGAAAGCUGUCCUGCAACAAUGCUAUACAAACAAACCUUAUAAUAUGCAGCACAACAUAUGGAAAUCAGAAGCUGAGGAUGUUGCUGCAGAGAGGAGAAAACAGGCUGUUGUAGAACAAGUUAUGGUGGAUCAAUUAUGUAGAGCUGUUAUAAGUGAUCCAGAGCAGUCCACACGUUCUGAUGCUUGCAAGGAAGCUCCAGGACUUUUGGGAGUUGGGAUGGCACCAAUGCGUUUUAGAAAAAGGACCCUCCAUGAAACAAAAAUAAGGACCAAAUCAGGAUUAACUGAGAACAUGCUCUCCAGCAAGCUACGUUUCGAUAGUAGGAUUAUAUCGAGAAAUGGUCAUGAUGCUUGUAGGGAGUUGAUUGGAUUUUUUUUCACAUGUGACAAAUCCCUUACUGUGUAUGAAUUUCGACAGUUUGGAAAAAACAGGACAAAUGCCUUGCCUUUCAUUCAGAAGGGAGUUUAUCAUCAUCAACGUGGACAAAGAAAGGGAAAAGCUUAUGAUCUUAGUGACUUCUACGUUGGAGCCAAUCUGACUUUCCGAAGUGUCGAUCAUAACGUUCCAGAAAGUGUUAAGCAGAACCCUCUCUUCACCCUUCGUGUGAUCAGUAUUGAUGAAGCAGCUAUGCAUUAUCUAAAAGCUUCCUCUGUGGAAUUCAAGGAAGAGCGUUCCAGGCAAGUGGUUGAUAACAGUGACGUUUUCAAGAAGAUUCAAGGUAUAUUCAGAGAAACACUAAGUAAAAGAGGAGUUCGGGUUAUAACAGGCUUAGGAAAGUAUUUCCGACAAAUGGACAAGAACAGAAAUGGUUUUCUCUCUCGGGCAGCCUUCAAAGAAGCUCUAAAAGUUUUCCAUUUGGAAAUGCCUGAAGUGGACUUUGAAUCCUUAUGGCUUAUUCUUGAUGACAGCAAGAAUGAUAAGGUCGACUAUGGAGAAUUUACUCAUGCCAUAUUUGGAGAAAUGAAUGAAUACAGGAAAACAUUUGUAAGAAAAGCCUAUAUGAAACUGGAUUUCAACAAAACUGGGAGUGUGCCUAUGGUAAAUGUCAGAAAAUAUUACUGUGCAAAGAAACAUCCUCUGGUAUUGGCAGGAAAAACUGCAGAAGAAGAAAUCAAAUCAUCAUUUCUAGAAGCAUUAGGGGAUUCCUGCAGCAACCCCAGUGAAGUGUCCUAUUCUGAGUUUGAAGAUUACUAUGAAGGAUUAAGUUUUGGAAUUGGGGGUGAUGAUGAUUUUGUUAAUAUCUUAAGGAAUUCAUGGGGAAUUUAGAGUGGAAUAUGACAAAAAAGAAGAAGGGACAUUUUCUAAACAAGGAGUGACUAAGUAAGAGAGGAUUUAAUCUUGAUGGGCAUUACUUUAUAAUUGGUGUCUUAAACUGAUAUCAGGGACAGAAAACUUCAGAUGCUUUCAGAAUAAUACAUGGCAAAUUUCAUGGAGUGUCUGGUGAGUUAUGCUAGCCAUUCUUCUAAUAAAAAGGCUGUUCAUGUCUUUUCACUGGAAAUUAUUAAGGCUGUUUCCCAUACAAAAAGCCAUUUAAAAAAUAUUAAAAUAAAGUUUCCUAUUUUAAAAUAAGAGGGAAUUAGAAUGCUAAAAUGCCUGAAGGGGUAUGCGCAAGAGAAAAUUUUGUUUUCUGAUGCAUUGUGAAAAGCUUCACAUUUGACUGCAGAAAUGUGAAUGGUAGCUUUCCUUCAGAAAUUUUCUUUUAACAUUCUUUGUCUCGUUUAUUUUUUCUUAUGCUGCUAUUAAGCUUGAAAGAGAGCAGGUCAUCCUUUUCCAGUUUUGAGGAUGUCUGCUGUACUGAAAGUGCAGAGAUGUUCACAGCAUUUAUCCCUUGGCCUGUGCACCCUCUUGACUGAUCUUGCUUUGUCAUUUUGAUCAGGCAUCUGAAACUGAGCAUUGGAUCUCAAAGGUUUUAGUAAUCACGCAUUUAUUUUGUAAUCCAUAUUUUUGUUUCCUGUAUUUUGCUAAAUGUUUUAAAAAAUAAUUUAUAUUUAAAUAUCUGCUAUCUUUAUAUUGCUGAGUUUUUUAAGCUAAAACAUAGCAAUUAUAUAUUUUGUCAAACUGAUAUAUAGCAUUCCCUAUCUAUUCUGAAAGUAUAAAACAGAAAAUAUUUUAAAAAGGCCCAAAACAACCACCUCUGCAACCACAAAAAUUAAAUUAUAAAUUAAAAUAUUCUUUUCUAUUUCAGAUAGUUCUGACAGGUACGCUUUUCAAUGUAAUACAUCUUGCUAAUUCUGUAAAAUUCUUUGUGUUAAGAAAUAAAAAUACACAGUUAAUGAGAGAGAGACGUUGAUUUUCAUACACCUGUCACUGAAAUUAACUGUAUGUUGAACUGCAUUUCUUAAGCCUAUGCAAUUAAAAUAUAUAACUUUCCUCUAAGCUUGUCUGCCUGGUUUUGAAUGUAUGGUCUGUUGUUAAAGCAAUCUUCCUCUGAGACAGAAUUUGUGUUUCAUAGGAAUUAAAGGGCAGUACUGGAAUAGGUGCUGAAAUGAGGGACUUUGGUCCCCUGUGGCUGGCUAGCAUAUUCAAGAUUUAGUACUUCCUUGUUCUAAUAACUUGUGUGUUUUUAUGUCUGGAUUGUUUGACCAUGGCCUCAAAUGUAACAACUAUUGGAGGUUCUAUUCUAAAUCCUCAAAUGAGGGAUCUUGGGUGGGUUCUUUUGGGGCUGCAAAAGUCUGUACAUAUUUUUUUUACAGAGAAAAGCAGAUUUUGUCAAUGCAUAUUCUGAGCAAGAAUUCUGACUCAUUAUUAUUUUUUUGUUCCCCAUUCUUGCUGGAAUUUCUCUCACUGGAAAGGUUUUGUUAAUUAGUAUUCUUGGAACUGGUGAUUCUGAGAAGGGCAGGUAAUUCUGAGAAGGGAAACUAGCUGGUUGUAGAGGGAUCUGCUCGUUAAUGAGUCCAUUCAAAUUUCUGAAAAAAUGCCAAGUCGCAUUUUUGUUAGUUUUUUAAAGAAUCAUGCUUUAUUUAGACUUUUUCACUUAGGAGAAUUGCACCAACAGAUAAAACUGUAGCUCAAUUUAAUGAAUGAAAGUGAUUGUGAAAUGAGGUACUGACAUAUUUCUUUAUGCAAUGUUUAAUUUUAUUGUGAAGCUUUUAGGAAAAUUGUUCCACAUUUUCCUAUGGAAUGGAAAAAUUCAAGACAAAUAGAUGUAUGCUAAGUGGGCCUGCUUGUCAGAAGAAGCUGUAUAAGUCAUAUCUACCACAAAUUUAUUUUGUUGUUAUCAUGGAAAUGAGGUGCUGUUAUAAGAACAUAGCUUUUAUAGUCCUAGGGUUUUUUUUUUUUAUUUGAAGAAAGAUCCCUAACAGGAUAAUCUAAGAUAGAUACUAAAGGCCAGAAUUUUCCUGAAAAUGAAAGCAUUACUGUGGUAAUUAUGUGAAACCUGCUAGCUAUGUAAUUUUAUUAACUACAAGGUCAU